AUGGAGAAAUACCUCCGAACGUGGCGGCAGGACGCUCUCAACAAGGGUCAGCACGAUGCAGCCAUCUAUAUUGGGGACAAGGUUCUAGCCCUGACCAACAAUGACGCCGACGCCUUCUGGCUUGCUCAAGUCCAUUUUGGCCACAACAACUUUACCCGUGCUUUGGCUCUGCUGCUUCGAAAAGACCUGAUCAAUCGAAGCCUCUCCUGUCGUUAUCUGGCUGCCCACUGCUACGUCAAACAAGGCAGAUACGACCAAGCCCUCGCCAUCCUCGGCGAAGAAAACCCCACGCACUUGAUCACCACUUCCCACAAUGCCAGAAGGAAGUUGGCACACAUCAAUGGUCAGUCCCAGAGGAAUGUCACACAAAGAGGAGCCAAAGCCCAGCGAGACAGGAUCGAGUUCAGCGAAGAAAGAGAGCGGGACAGAGAAUCAGAAAAAGAACUGAAAUUCCAGGCCGGUAUGUGCUAUCUACGCGGCUUGUGCUUCGCAAAACGCAACGCCUUUGACCGGGCACGAGACUGCUACAAGGAUGCUGUUCGAAUCGACGUACAGUGCUUCGAAGCCUUUGACCAACUGAUGAAGCAUUCCCUCAUGACACCCGCCGAGGAAUUGGCCUUUCUCGAAGAAUUGGAUUUCGACUCAAUACGCAUCGAAGACCAGUCCCUGGCACAGGAAGCUGCUCACUUCACGAAGCUCUUGUAUACAACUCGCCUGUCCAAAUAUUCGGCUCCCGAAACCCUCGCAAAUGCCACUGAAACCCUUUCCACCCACUACAACCUGGCCUCCAAUCCAGACUUGCUUCUGACUCGAGCAGAGACGCUCUAUACCCAAUGUCGUUUCCACGACGCCCUUGCCAUCACUACGAGCAUACUCAACUCGCAAAAUAGCCCUGAUGACUCGAUUGAUGCCUCGUCAAGCAACAGCAAUGCUUCGCUUGGCCAUAGCCCGCGCCUGUAUCCCUUACAUCUCGCUGUCCUAUACGAGACGGGAUCUCACAACACCCUCUUCCAUCUUUCCCACACCCUGGCGGCCCAUGCUCCGCACGAAGCAUACACCUACCUCGCCAUCGGCACCUACUAUCUAUCGACAUACCGUAUUCCGGAAGCCCGUCGAUUCUUUUCGAAGGCCUCGUUGAUGGAUCCACAUUCUGCCGCAGCGUGGAUUGGAUUUGCCCAUACCUUUGCCGCGGAGGGGGAGCACGAUCAAGCCAUUGCUGCAUAUUCGACGGCAGCAAGAUUGUUUCAGGGGAGUCACUUGCCCCAGCUAUUCCUCGGCAUGCAGCACCUAGCUCUAAACAAUAUGCAGCUUGCUUGGGAAUACUGCCUGGCGGCAUUCCAAAUGAGCAGUGGCACCCCAAACUCAGGCUCGGAGGAGGAUUUGGCCAACCGGAUAUUCAAUAAUACCGCUGACCUGGGUGGCGAUCCGCUGGUGCUCAACGAGAUUGGCGUCAUAUUGUACCAUCAGUCAAAUCUGCCAGCCGCUGCAAAGCUCUUUCACAAAUCCCUCCAACUGGCCUCAGGUUUGGGAUGCAACAUGACCGCAUGGGUGGCUACAAGGGCCAAUCUAGCACAUUCCUUGAGACGAAUGGGGAGGUUUGAGGAGGCACUCGACGAAUUUGAUGAAUGCUUACGAACAGCCACUGGGGGAGCAGCUCCCGCUUCAGCCUACGAGCCAGGACGUGGAAUGACAGCCUUUGCCCAUCUCAGCCUCGCCGGCACCACUACAGGCCUCAGUCCGAGCGGUGCUGCCAGUGGCUACGACGAGCGUAACCUCAUUGGAAGUAUCCACACCAGUCGCGGCUUGGUUCUUCUCAGCAUGGUUGGGCGCACAAAAGAAGCGGUAAUGGCUCUCCAUGAGGCUGUACGAGUCCUAGGCGGCGAUGCUGGCGGCGGUGGUGUCGCUGGAACGUUGCUGAGUCGAGCAUUGGAGUUCUGGGCCCUCGAAGAGGACCAAGCUCUCGACGACCUCGAAACCAGAACACAGCAAGAAGCGUCAGCUCCUGCAUCCAAAAUCGGCACGAGGUCAAAGCGGAGACUUAAGGAGGCUCCGACUUCAGCUACCUCAACAGAGCAGAUGAGUAACGAACAGAAAAUUGAGCAACAGAUGGACGGGCAUGCAAAUGAGAUACUGAAUGCUGCACUGGGAAUAGUACGAUGA